UUCAUCGUCAUCAUUCUCGUUCAUCCAUAUUCGGAUCUCAUCUGAACAUCGUAACAGAUUUACAAAACACAAGUUCAGAACAUCGGAUUCUGGAUUUGCAAUUUCCAAUUUCGCUUCAAUUUUCAUCCAUGGAUUUCUGGCAGAAAGCUCGUAACUUCGCCGAGGAGGCUGCCAAGAAAUCUCAGGAGCUAACAAUGGAAGCAGCAAAGCGCUCUCAAGAACUUACAAUAGGAUCUUCAAAAUUCUCCGACAUUGUCUCCGAAGCCAGCAAACGCUCCAAGGAAAUUGCCGCUGAGGCGUCCAAACGCGCUGACCAGAUCAAGUCCGAGGCUUCCAAACGAGCCGAACAGAUCAAGUCCGAAGCUAUCAAACGCGCCGACAUGAUCAAGUCUCAGCUUCCAUCAGCCGCUGUACUAUCUUCUUUCGUCGAUUCGUCUUCUUCGUCCUCCUCGUCGUCGUUGUCGUCUCCGGCGGUUGAGUCGGAAGAGGAUCUAAAGAAGGAUCUAGAGAAGUUUGGGAUUACAGAUGAGUUGAGGGAGUUCGUCAAGGGCAUUACAAUGAACACGUUUCGAGAUUUUCCACUUGAAGAUGAUUCGGAGAUGGCAAACACUCCCACCCUGUCAAAUAUUAGGCAGGAUCUUUCAAAAUGGCAAGAAAAACACGCCAAACUUGUUCUUUCAGCAGUCAAGGAAAUUUCCAAGUUAAGGUAUGAGUUAUGCCCACGUAUCAUGAAGGAAAGGAAGUUUUGGAGGAUAUACUUCAUUCUUGUGGGUAGUCAUGUUUCUCCAUAUGAGAAGCGUCAUAUAAAUGAAGAAGAAGAAAAAGAAAAAGAGGCAGCUAAAUCUGUCGAAGAAGUGAAACAUGAAGAAGAAGCGAAAGGAUCUUCGAAAGCAGAACCGGAUGGGGUGAAUCAGAAGAGUAAAAGAACAACCUCGAUUGAUCAAGAUCUAGAUGUAUUUCUACUUGGAGAUGAUGUAGGUGACAGUGAUGGAGGAACAGGUAGCGCAGACAAGGAUUUUGACGAUGAUUUUGACAAGCUAUAGCUUUGGAAACUAGACAAGGCAAGAUCCGAGGUUAUAGCUGAUUGAAGCAGGUGGUUGUUCAUUGGAUAUCUGGUGGUUGGUUGGUUAUAUAUAUCUCUCCUUCUUCAAAUUUUUUGCCUUUUUUUUAUGUUCAUUCUUAAGACAAAGGUUUUCCCAUUGGAUACAUUCUAAGAAAAUUUUGAUGUUACUUUGUAGGGGUGGAGAAUAAGGAUAAACUCAAUGUAUUUUGAACUUUCAAUAUUUAUAAAGAAAAAAAAGGUCAUGUUCUCAUCAUUUUGUAUUGGUAAAUUCUCUAUUGGAUGGAACUCUAGGUGACAAAUCUUUUAUUAGUGGAUGGUUGUAUUGGAGAUUAAGUUUUUGUU